CUUUACAAUAAAACUGCAGUCCCGCUUGUCAGCUUUAAACCGCUCUGAAGCCAGACACACACAGCAGCCUGGUGGUGUUUUAUUUCACUGCUCCAGCAUGUCCGCAGACAUUAAUACAGACUUGGAGCUCGAGCUGGGCGAACUGUUGCAGGAGUUCCAGGAUGUGGUGGGGGAACUGAAGGCCCCUCCCCAGAGCAAACCUCACGUUUACCAGCAGGUCCUGAAAGAGGCCAAGAGUCGCGUUGUGCUUGGGGACGAUAGCGGGGUCGAGGACUCAGAUUACAGCAGUGAGGCUUCUUUGGGAAACAGUUUGAACACCAGCGAGGAGGAGCUUCACACAGCAGGCAUAACGCUGGCACCGAAAGCCAAGCUAGGAGACACAAGGGAACUUGAGGAUUUUAUCGACACAUUGGACCGGGAACUUGCUGAGAUGUGAACAGAGAGAUGAAGUGAGCUACGAAGAGGGAGGGAGAAACAGGCUGGGGGCGACACGGCCGGCUACUGCUGAGCAGACAGGCAGAUCUACACCUGAGCAGAUCUGAGGGAGCAAACGCUCCCAUGCCUGCUCCAGGGGAAAAGGUUAACAUCAGAAAUUAAAAGGCCACUCCAUUCCAAAAUGCAAGAACACCUUCAGACCGCUGGCAAUGCCGCGUCCAGCCAGCAAGACGAUAUCCCUGCAGCAUCAGGUCCAAGAAGUGUGACACAUUCCUGAAACUAGACAUCUGUCGGGGUGUAUGAAAAUAUGCUGCCUGGAGAGGACAUAUUUACACCAUAUUUGAAAUUCCGACAAAUACAAUACAAGGAAAAAGCCCUAAAUUAUCAGUGUUAUAUACAUAUUUUUUUAAUUGAGGCUGAUCUUUGUACUUCAAGAUUACAGCUGGCACUUAUUUCAAUUCCAAGUUCAGAUCUGCUGUUUAGUAUCAAAUGCCAUUUAAAUGCAGGUGUUUCAGUGUACAGUUCUUGUUAAUAUUCUUU